UUCCAUCCUCUAGCCGAAAGGUGGAGGUAAUGUUCCCCAACUGCAUUUCCUAUUUACUGAUGAAGAAGAAGCUAACAUGACGGAGUAACCGAAACUGAGGAGCUGUGUUACGCAAUGGCCCAGGGACGUCCAGCUGAAGACACUCUCUGUCCUCUGGAUGUCAAAGCAACGAAGACCAGUAGAGACGUGGCGGACGGCGGGCUGGAGGAAGAGGAAGCAGCACCUGGUUCAGGCCAGGUGGAGCUGAGCUGGGACUCGGUUGCUAUGGAAGCCAGUGAGUGCAGCGAUGUGGAGCUGGGACAGCUGGACAUGGACCUGGACAGGAAGUCCAGACAGCACAACCUGACAUCCAGGAACGUGCGAGCCAUCCUACACGAGGUGAUAACACACGAACACGUGGUCGCCAUGAUGAAGGCUACCAUCAGAGACACCCAGGACCUGCCCAUGUUUGAGACCAAGAUGACCCGGUCCAGACUGAAGCAGGCUGUUCAGGAGGGACAGAGUCUCAACUGGACCCUGCCGGCUCCACACCUGUCCAAGCCUCCUCAGUUUGUUGACAUUGACCUUGAGGAAGAUGAAGACUCCUCUGAUGAAGAGUACUGUCCUGAUGAAGAGGAGGAGGACACAGCUGAGGAGAUGUUUCUCAGCGACGCCGACAGCCUCGCCUCACCUCCCAGAACGCACCUGUGCUCUCCACCUGAACAUCCGGACCAGGAGACCCGGGAACCUCAGGAGCGUGUUGCAGGUCAGGUGACAGACCAGGUGAGCAGCUCCUCCAGAGCUGGGUCCUCUGACACGUCCUUCCUAGAGAGGCUAAAUGCUGUGGAGGCGGAGCUAGACUGUAGCUCCGCCUACCCCUACGACCAGCCUCUGGACAGGAAGCCAGUGGCCGAUGAAGAGGACGACGGUGAUAAAGGCUGCCUGGCGUUCCGGACGCGCUCCAAGCUUCCUCUGGUCAACGUUCCUCUGGACCGCCUGGAGGCAGAACUUCUGCCCCCUGACAUCACUGCCGACAUGUACGACCAGAGCCCCGCCCAGCUGGAGGACCGUCAUUGGACCGAGUGGCUGCAGGGUCUCCUGGCGCCUGGUCCAGAAGAGGAAGCUGAUGAUGACGAUGACCCAGAGUACAACUUCCUGGAAGACCUGGAUGAGCCGGACCUGGAGGACUACCGGACGGACCGAGCCGUCCAGAUCACCAAGAAGGAGGUCAACGAGCUGCUGGAGGAACUCUUUGACACGCUGCAGGAGGAAAAGCUUCCAGCUGAGGAGGAGGAGCAGGAAGUCCCAUUAAUGCCCAAGUUUAACGUCCCACAGGUUUUACGCUUCGAGGCUCCGUUAGCCGGGAUGCUGACGGAGCGGCGGCAGACGGUCCGGAAACAGUAUGAAGCUGUUCAGCAGAGGAGAGCUCUGCAGGACACCACCAACCAUCCCAGGACCACCAAGGGUCCACCCGGCCUGCCACUCAUCGUUCUGGGAAACCUGACCGGCCCCGCCCUCCAGUUAAGCCCCGCCCCCCAGACAGGUACCUCUUUCCAAUUGGACCGCACCCAGAAACUGCAGCUGCAGCAGCAGGUGCAACAGCACGUCCAGCUGCUGACUCAGGUCCACCUGCUGAGCCGCCGAGUCCACGCCCUGAACCACGAGGCACACCUGACCAAACGCUACCUGGAGGAGCUGCAGCAGUUUGCUGGUCGUCAUGACGACUUCUGUCCACCCAGCAGCUUCAGCGCGUGUAACCUGCAGGGGGCGCUGGACCUUUUGAGGGAGGUGGACCAGCGACAGCCCAGUCCGCCCUGCGGUUCUGGUUCUGGAGCGUCCAGACGGCUGCUGCCCACCAUGACUCCCACCACCAGCAGUCAUGCUUUCCCGCUGCUGCCCGCCGACGCCGCCUGGCUGUUCGCCACUCGACCCGUCUUCCUGUACCCAGAACUACUUCCUGUCUGCAGCCUUGACCCCGCCCUGCACAGCAGACGCCAACGCAGAGUCUACACCGCCGGAGAGGACGGGCUGGCGGUGCUGGGUCUGAAGCACUUCCAGGGGGCGCUGAAGGCUGACGAGCUGAUCAGCUCCUUCCUGCUCUGCAGGAGCCGCUCCGACUUCAGGAGGCGGAUCCGGGAGAUGAGCAGCCCCAGAGCGCCGCGAGACGGCGUGAUCAAGGUGUUUGUGACGCAAGGCGUCGUGCCCCCGCUGCCCGUCGCCUGCAGCAGGGUCUGUCCAGGCAACCAGGGCCCCCCGGUGGACAGAGACACUUCCACCAUGCCCAGAUGGCUGAAGAACAGCCAGUCAAUCAUCCAGAGAACCAGGAGAGGCGCCGGCCCGUACUCCCCGUCACUCCCCCCUGGCGUCGCCCUCAGGCUCCACCCCUCCUAUGGCAGGAAGUCCCAGGUGUCUCGCCGCGCCCAGCGCCGCCUCUUCACGCUGGCCCAUAAUGCAUCUCUGCUGCCGCUCGCCAAAGCCCCAGCAGAGCAGGCAGUCAGCUGCCGCGGGACGCUGCCAUUGGCUGCCGCUCGUCUAAGCCCCUCCCUCUCCCUAAGUCGGGACGUCCAGCAGAAACCAGCCCCCAGCACUACAACCCCCAUGAUGCCUUGCUCAGCUGCAGCCCAGCAGCUGUGGACCCUUUCCUCCUCCUCCCAGCAUGCCGCGGGGCCCGACGUCCUCCGACCAAUCAGACGGCAGGAACCAGAGAGCUGUGUCCAUCCUCCAGAGGAAGACAAGGACAAUUCUUCAUCAUCGCUGAGCCCCUUCUCGUCCAGCGCAGGAGACGAGGAUCAAGAGGGAGAGGAGGAGGACUGGUCAAAGAUGGCUGUCAGUCUAAAAGGAGGAGGAAGAGGAGGAGGAGCGGUGGAGGGCGGGGGGCAGGAGAGGACAGCGGACGAGGGACAGCAGGAGGAGCCGGACGGAGACGGGGAGGAAGAGGAGGAUGAUGAGGAUGGGGGACGAGAGGACAGGGGGGGGGGGAGAGAGGACGAUGGGGACAAGGAUCGUCGUGGCGGCGACGAGGAGGAGGAGGAAGAGGAUGACGAAGAGGAGGAGGAGGAAGACUUCGACGACCUAACCCAAGAUGAGGACGAGGAGGAAGUGAUGUCAUCAGCGUCCGAGGAGUCCGUCCUGUCGGUUCCUGAGUUACAGGAGACGAUGAAACAGCUGACCUGGCUGGCGGCAGAGCGGCGGCUCUGCGACGGAGACUCGGAGGACGACCCGUCCUCGCAGGAGGACGAAGACGAGGAGGACGACGAGGCGAAGGGGGAGGAGCCAGCAGAGGGGCGGAGCUUCCAGACCAGCCUGGACAAGGAUAUGCCAUCCGGAGACAAGACGCCCCGAGGACGGCGGAGCGCGGGGCGGGGACGAGGUCGCAGCCGUCCGCUGCGCGGCUUGGCGAGGACGCGUCUCAGUAAGGACGCAUCCAAGCUGUCCCUGCUGUAUGACGAGAAGCUGCUGGACAAUGACCCGCUGAGGGACAGCAAGGACGCGGCGUUCGCCCAGAGCUACCUGAACAGGGUGCGCGAGGCGCUGCAGGACUCACCUGAGCAGGUGCAGGAGUUCGUUUCUCUGCUCGGCGAGUUCGAACAGGCAGGAGAUGGACAGGAAGUGACCGGCCUGUUCAGGAAGCUGCGCUGCAUCCUGGGAGAACACACAGACCUGCUGCGGGACUUUGCUGCGUUCCUGCAUCCGGAGCAGGCGCUGCAGUGCGGGCUGUUGGAGGAGCAGCAGGCGUUCGAGCGGAGCAGGCGUUUCCUGCGGCAGCUGGAGAUCAGCUUCGGAGACAAUCCGACUCAUUACCACAAGAUCAUCCGAGCCCUGCAGACCGGACCCGACCCGAGCCCGGCCCACAUCCAAGAGCUGAAGGUCCAGAUGGCGGCGCUGCUCAGAGGCCACACCCACCUGCAGGCUGAAUUCUGGGUAUUCUUUGACGACCUGCGGCCGCCGGCGGCUCGGCCCGAACAAUUCGAAGAGGCUCACCUGCCGGAGGAAGGAGACGGCUCGGAGGGGGGUGGAGCCAACGGCCAGGUGUCGGGAGGCGGAGCCGGCUUCGAGGAAGUGACGCUGCCGGACCUGGAGGAGGAGGAGGAGGGGCAUAAAAUCCCACCAAUAAGGAGCCGGCGCCAGAGGAGGAAAAUGGAGUCCCACCGCAGCUACAAGGGCUCUGAUUGGCUCUGCCUCUGUCACGAUGCAACAAUCAGCCGACAUCGGAGGAAACGAUGCUCUCGCUGCCAUGACAACAAGACCUCUCCAGGUGUGUCCAGAGCUCUGAAGAGUUUGGAUCCUCUUUACGCCCAGAUAGGCUCCGCCCCCGACCCACCAGGUGACACACAGCUGAAGGGGGGUCACGGCAGCCCCCGGCCAGAUCAGAGUGGUGCAUCAUGGGAAAGUUUUCCUAUGACUGAUGAGAAGGAGGAGGAAGAGGAGCAGUUAAAGGACGAAGAGCAGGAGAGCCCCACCGCGAAGAGGAAGAGAGAGGAAGAGCUCCGAGCGCCGGCUGCCUUCAUCACCGCCGACACCUCCUCUUCCUCAGUCGCUCCUCCCAUCUGUUCGUCCUCUUCCUCGCCUCGGCCCAGCCUCCCUCCUGACCUCCCAGUUUGUGCCAAGAACAUUUCUUUGACUGCGAGUGGAGAGAAGGUGAUCCUCUGGACCAGGGAAGCGGAUCGUGUCAUAUUGACGAUGUGUCAGCAGGAAGGAGCCAAUCAGAAUGCUUUUCAGGCCAUUUCUAAUCUGCUUGGCAACAAAACUCCCAGUGAGGUGUCUCAGAGGUUUCGGGAUUUGAUGCGAUUGUUUCGAUCUGCAGCUCGUCACGCCACCGCAGAGGAAGAAGCUCCGCCCACUGACCCAACAGCCAAUGAAACUGCAGACUGACCAAUCAGAGCAGUUCUUGAAGGAUCAGUCUGUGAAUCUAAAUAUUUAGGUUUUGUUUUUAUCAAAUUGAUGUUUUUGUAACAAUAAAUAACUUUUUGUAAAAGCC